UGCUAUAGCCUACAUAAAAAGGAAAACGAGAUUCCCAGAGAGAGAGAGAGAGAGAUCAGGAGAGAGAGCUCGAGAGAGAGAGCGCGCGCAAAAGAGAGAGAGGGAGAGAGGGUAUACGUGAUGAGAGAUUUGAAGACAGUCGUUUCAUUAUAGGGACGAGAGAAAAGCGCGAGGACAGAGACAAUAACAGCGUUUUAUCCUGUUCGUAUUUAACCGUGACCCUGACAUCCGACCGGGCACACAGCGAAGAACUCAAGAAGCCAAUCAAUCCACGACCGGUAGGCUACCCGAAGGCUGCUGAUACUGAGACCAGGCAGUGGAGAGAGGAAGAGAGGGAUUGUGGGAUGAGCGAAUAAUUGAGGGGUACGAGAGAGGGACGGAAUAAAAGAACGAGGAUGAAAAAGAAUGAAGCAAACGACAGAACUACGCGCUCCCCCUAAACGGUAGCUGUAGCCGCGUCCGUCGCCAACCCACCAAAACCAGCAUUUCACGGUAAAAAUAUCUCGCCCUCAGACCUCAUGACUUCCAAAACUCUGAUCCUAUUGGUCAUCCUCUGCCUGUGGGAGGGGCUUUGGGUCGGGGGUUCCGUCUCCAAGGUCGUCAGAAGAAGGCGCGUGCGAUCCCACGCGCCUGCGACAGCUGAGAUGAAGCCGGCGGUGGACCAAUGGGAUUCGAGCCUCGGCCUGAACGCGGCGCCGCCCUCUGCGGCCGACGCCCGGCUGGUCAUCCACACGGAAACGGCGCCGAUCGCCGCCGUGGCUCCUCCGCCCAAUCAGAAAGCCCCUGCGGCCGAGGACGCUAACUUUGCCCCGAAGCCGGAACGCAGGCCCGCCUCGAAUCCGGAUUCGGCCGUUCACACGGGGGCCGCGCGGGGCGGGCCCGAUCCGGAUCAGGGCGGGGCGCGGAACGGGUCCAAGGGCCUUGCCGACCCGUCCGGCAAGCGGGAGCAUGACAGCAAGGCGCCGCUCUUCCGCCGGCCCGACUUCAGCUACCGCGGCAACAGGACCAGGUUCAGAUCGCUGGUCCGAUCCAGAGUGACUCCGGAUCUGACCGUCCUCACCACCGUGGCGCAGCGAAGGGGCCGGCCCUCGGACCCGGCCCGGAGGGCGAACCUGACGGAGAACCGCGCCCUGCCCAAACCGGGCCCGAGGGAGGGCCCGGCUCCGCCGCAGAAGCAGGACCGGACGGGACCGGGCGUGGCCGGGACCGGGCGGAGCAGGAGACAGGACCCCGUCCCUUUGGGUCGCGGCCCGCCGGGGUCGGGAGUCUCGGCCGAGCCGGGGCAGGAAGGGGCGGUCACCCCGACCGCGUCCCAGUCGGGGGGCCGGGCGGCGCGUUCGGAUCCUCGCGCGGCCGCGCGCCCUGACUCUGAUCCGGAUCCGAGCGUUCACACGCGCCGCGGCUCGCCGGCCGGAGUCACUCCGGAUUCGGGAGGCGGGGCCGAGAGGCCGAGCGGGCCGAGCAGCGACGGGGACGGGCACUACAGCGCUCACGCCACGCUGACGAUGCACGGCGACGCCGGCGGCGACUGGAACACCGUCUCCAGCGGCCCGCGGACCGACCUCCUCCCGCCGCCGCCGCCGCCGCUGUCCGCCGUCACCCUGGAGCCCCGGGGCGACGGGAACCAGAGCCGCGCCCGCACGGAGGAGGAGCCGGAAUCCGGAGUCGCUCUGAAUUCCGUAGACGGCAGGGCGCAGUCCGACGCCGGUCACGUGCUCAAGCUCCGCCCACACCCCGGCCUGGACCUGGACCUGGACGUCAGCACGGAGACCGGCGAAAGGGGAGUGACGGUGGACUCGUGGCUGGGCGGCAGGGGCCUGGUGUUCGAGGAGGCGGAGGAGGGGCGGGGCCAGAGAGGGGCGGAGACCCGGUCGCGCAGCAGGCGGAGCUGGAUCUGGAACCAGUUCUUUGUGAUCGAGGAGUACAGCGGCCCUGAACCGGUGCUCAUCGGCAGGCUGCACACGGACAUGGACCGGGGCGACGGGCGCACCAAGUACGUCCUCCGCGGGGAGGGGGCGGGGUCGGUGUUCGUGAUCGACGAGAAGACCGGCAACAUCCACGUGACCAAGCCGCUGGACCGCGAGGAGAAGGACGAGUACCGGCUGAUCGCCACGGCGACGGACCGCCAGACGGACCGCGCCCUGGAGCCCUCGUCCCAGUUCGUCAUCCGGGUGCAGGACAUCAACGACAACCCGCCCGUCUUCCAGGACGGGCCCUACAGCGCCAUCGUGCCAGAGAUGGCCAACAUCGGUACAUCCAUAAUCCAGGUGACCGCCACAGACGCGGACGACCCCACCUAUGGGAACAGCGCCCGGCUGGUGUACACGCUGCUGCAGGGACAGCAGUUCUUCUCCGUCGACCCACAGACAGGUAUCUUGCGUACGGCGGUGCCGGACAUGGACAGGGAGACUCAGGAUGAGCACCUGGUGGUCCUGCAGGCCAAGGACAUGGGGGGCCACCUGGGGGGACUGUCAGGGACGACCACCGUCACCGUGCGCCUAAGCGACGUCAACGACAACCCGCCCCGCUUCAGCCAGAGCGUGUGGUCGUUCUCCGUGUCGGAGCUGGCGGUGCCGGGGGUGGAGGUGGGCCGGGUCUCGGCGUCGGACGCGGACCUGGGGGAGAACGCCGAGCUGGAGUACAGCGUCAUAGAGGGGGAGUCCGGGGACACCUUCAACAUCAGCACGUCAGGGAGGGAGGCUGUUAUCACCCUCAACAAGGCGGUGGACUACGAGAGCCGCACCUCGUACUCGUUUUCGGUGGAGGUGCUGAACCCCACGGUGGACCCGCGGUUCCUGCGGCGCGGGCCCUUUAAGGACCGGGCCUCGGUGCGGGUGGCGGUCCUGGACGCGGACGAGCCGCCCCGGUUCUCGCGGGCGCGGUACCGGCUGGACGUGAUGGAGAACUGCCCCCCCUCCUGCACGGUGGGCAGAGUGAGCGCCGUGGACCCGGACACCGGCCUGAGCAGCAACAUCCGGUUUUCCAUUGACCCGCAGUCAGACCCAGAAGCCCUGUUUCGCAUUGCGGCUGACAGUGGGCUCAUCUCCACGGCAACGGAGCUGGACCGCGAGCGUGAGCAGUGGCACAACCUGACCGUCAUCGCCACACAGAGAGACAGCCCCAGUCAGGUGUCCCGGGUGGAGGUUGCCAUAGAGACCCUGGAUGUGAAUGACAACGCCCCCGAGCUGGACAGGCAGUACACCACUGCGCUGUGCGACUCCGCUGCUGCGGGACAGGUGGUGCAGGUUGUGCGGGCGAUCGAUAAAGACAAAGGAGGAAAUGACACGGCCGUCCUGUUCAGUAUUCCGGCAGAGUCCCGGGCCGGUCGGAAUUUCACCAUCAGGGAGAGUGGGGGCCCCACUGCCAGUCUGGUUCUCCUCUCCUCCCUCUCCUCGCUCCCUCGUUCCCCCUCCUCCUCCUUGACGCUGCAGGUGCCGCUGGUUCUGAAGGACAGCCUGUCGGGCCUGAGCAGCACUGGGACGGUCACCGUGUCCGUCUGUCCCUGCCUGCGGGGCGGGGCCCGGGCCGGGGAGAGGGACGGACAGACGGACGCCGAGUGGGAGAGGGAGACCGUGUGCCUGCCGCUGCCCUCCUCCUCCCCCUCCCCCGGGCUCAGCACCGCCGCCCUGCUGGCCAUACUGGCCUGCGUCGCUACUCUGAUGGCGGUGAGCGCGCUCUCUCUCUCCCUCCGAAGACAGAAGCGAGACUCUCUGUCCCCGCUGGAGGAGGACGACGUCAGAGAGAACAUCAUCACCUACGACGACGAGGGCGGGGGGGAGGCCGACACGGCCGCCUUCGACAUGGCCGCCCUGCAGAGGGCGCCACACAGCGCGCGCCGGGGAUACCGCACGCUGGACAGCAGGAACGCUCGUCUAGCACAGCAGUCUCAGGACCAGGCAGGGGGAUACGGUUGGGUUCAGAGUGGAGCGGGAUUGGACCCGCCCUUAUAUGGCAGACUCUGCUACAGUAGCCACACCUUACCGGCACUGCGCCACACCCACAGCCCCGCCCACGGCCCCACCCAGGGGCGUGGCCUCGCUGAGCUCACCUGCAACUUCCCCACGGGCGCCCUGGACCACUCACUUGUCAUCCAGAACCAGGGGGCCGUCCUGGGUCCCGGGGCCGUCUACCUGGGGCCGGCGGAGCCACAGCAGCAGGAUGGUCCCGCGGGAUUGGACGGCGGAAAAGCCCAGGGAGGGGAUGUGAAGGACAGGGGUGGAGCCCCCACUGGUGAACCAGAACCAAGAACCCAGCAGGACCAGGAUCUGGACUGGAACCACAGCCCCCCCUUGUCCCAGUCAGACCAGCCCCCACCCCAGCCGGGCCAGGCGGAGAUGCUUCCUAAGGACACGACCCUGGUGCAAACCCGACAAGGCGGGGCCGUGGGCGGGGCCCGGGGCCCCAGCGUCUCCUCCACACUCCCAUCAGCCGGGCGACGUGCCUCGCGGACCGGCCUCUCCCCGAAGCAAGGUGGGGGCGUGGCCAGGGGCGUGGCCGCGGACUCCGGCCAGCAGGGGGAGCCGCAGAGGGACUACCCCGGCACUCUGGGGAGGGCGGGGCUGGGGGUGGGCGGCAGCUUCGGGGGGGCCAGGCCGAAUGCUGAGGGAGGGAUAUCUGUGACCGGGACCCCUGCUUGCAGGCUGUACCCGGACGGGCCCGGGCUAAUGGUGGACUGGCGGGAGAGGGCCGGGAUUGGCUACUCCCUGGGAAGGAGGGAUAUGACACCCCAGCUCCUGCCCUACCCGGGGCAGAACCGGGGCAUGUUGGGGCAGCUGGGUUACAGAGGCGGGUGGGGCCCGGGGAUGGAGGCGGGCAGGGGAGGGGCUAACUCCCUGGCCCUGAGGGUGGGCGAGUUCCUGCGACUCCGCCUGGCCCAGGUGACCUUCGACCCCACGCAGCCUCCGUACGACUCCGUGCAGAUCUACGGGCUGGAGGGGGAGGGGUCGAGGGCGGGGUCACUCAGCUCGCUGGAGAGCGAGGGAGAGAAGGAGGUGGAGAAGGAGUGGGGGAGAGGGCUGGAGGAGUGGGGGCCUCAGUUCCAGCGGCUGGCCGAGCUCUUCCGGGAGAGAGAGCGAGAGAAGGAGGGAGAGAGGGAGAAGAAGGGAGAAGACGAGAAAGAGGAAGACGAUAAAGAGAAAGAGGAAGAAAAAGAGGAGGUGAACAAGGAAGAGGAGAACAAGGCUGAGGAGGUGGGAAGUGAGAGCAAUUCAGAAAACAAGUGAAGAAGAGGGAGGGAGGGAGAGAGGGAGAGAAGAUAGGGGGUGUACAGAAGACUAGUAAGUGAUGCAAUAAUUGAAGAAAGGGAGGGAGGGAGAUGGAGUGGUGGAGUAAUGGACAAAGACACAUAAAGAUUGAGAGAAGGGCAGAAGGGAUUUAAAGCAAUAAGCACUGAAUAGCCCAGCACUGGCAGGUACACACUGAGACACAGCUCUGCAUAGCUGGAACCAGGCUAGCUCACGAUGCCCCUGUCCCACUGUAGAGCUGGAACCAGGCUGGCUCACGAUACCCCUGUCCCACUGUAGAGCUGGAACCAGGCUGGCUCAUUAUAGCCCUUACCCACUGUAGAGAUGAACUCAUUAUACCCCUUUCCCACUGUAGAGCUGGAACCAGGCUAGCUCACGAUGCCCCUGUCCCACUGUAGAGCUGGAACCAGGCUGGCUCACGAUGCCCCUGUCCCACUGUAGAGCUGGAACCAGGCUAGCUCACGAUGCCCCUGUCCCACUGUAGAGCUGGAACCAGGCUAGCUCACGAUGCCCCUGUCCCACUGUAGAGCUGGAACCAGGCUGGCUCACGAUACCCCUUUCCCACUGUAGAGCU